CAGUUUCAUCUUUCAACCCAAAACAAAAACCCAUGGCUUCAUCAACUCAAGAUCACCACCACCAACACUUCCCCACAUCAAUCGCCACCACCUCCGCACCACCACCAACACCUUCCACCACCACCACCACCUCCACCUCCACCUCAUCCGCCACCGACCUCCUCUCCCGCCUCCUCCACCGCCUCCCACCCUCUCUCUCCACCACCACCGGAACCACCCCUUUACUCCUCCGCCGCCGUUCUUCCCUCUCCACCACCACCUCACCCCCCACCAUCCCAUUCACCGACCUCACUUCCACCCUAUCCUCCACCCUACCCACCAUCUCCGAACUCGGAUAUUUCCAACUCACCAACCACUCAAUCCCAUCAAAACUCGCUCGCUCAGCCGAGUCAGACUCGGCCAGUAUUUUCAACCUUUCUAGUCACCAAAAACACCAACACUUUCCCACAACAUGGCCACUAGGUUUCGACGAUGACGAUGAUGAUGACGAUGAUGAAACUCAACACUCGUUGUUUCUUGACUCGGCUUGCUCAACCGAGUCAUCAUCUGAGUUGGGUCUGAGUUCUCUGCGCGAGUUUACUCGGGAAAUGGAGAAAGUUGGUUUGGCUGUUGUGGAUGCGCUAACGUGCGCCGUGGGUUUACGGAACCCGGGUUUGGAUGAUCCGGGUUCUGUUUCCACGUUGAUGUGGAUAUCUGAAAGUUGUGGUGAUUUUGGGGGUACGAUGUCCGGGUCGGGUCGGUUUUACCCGUAUGUUGUCGGGUUGCAUUAUCAGAUUCGGAGCCGGAGUUGUUCUUUGUUGACGGAUUCGGGUUUGGUAUCCGUUUUGCCUGAAAUGGAUUCUAUUUUGAUCACACUUGGUGACAUUGCUCAGGUAUGGAGCAAUGGAAAAUUGAAGAAAGUGAGGGGAAAACCGACUUUAAGCAUGGAAGAAGGGAGCGACGCCUUGUCCUUAUCGAUGUCGCUCUUGGUAACAUUGCCGCUAGAGUGCACCGUCUCUCCCCUCAUUCCGAGGGCAUUGAUUAGCAACAACGAUGGCACUGAUUACCACGAAGACGAAAACAAGGAUAUUCAUGAAGAAUGUAGUGAAGAGAGAUUGUUUAGUUCAUUUUCUUUUGAAGAUUAUGCUUGGAGAGUUUACCAUGAAAGAGUCCCUCUUAAAGACCCAUUGGAUAGAUAUCGGAACAAAUUGUGAGGAGCUCAUAUGUAUUGUGAAUUAUUUUUUUCUUUUGAUUAUUUUAGAAUUUUAUUUGAUGUCUUGUGUGUUCUUCUUGUGAAACAUUAUAUAUUUUGAGGUGAUGGUAUUUGUUUAUUAUUAUUA